AUGGAGAAUCGUAUGAAUGAGAGCGAUAAUUCUGAAAAGAUCUUUGGUCUGUCAAUUGAGCAGUAUGCGGCUGGAUCUGUGGAUGCUCCUGCGACCAAUCUACCAAAUCACAACCCUAUUCCCAAUCCCAACUCUGAACGACUUAUUGAAGAAGUCUCGCAAUCCAUUGCUAAAAUAGAACAGGACCAGGUUAGUAUUGCCCAAUCAAUUGAAAGUCUUCUGCAAGACCUAGGAGAACGUCUUGGCAAGCAUGGAAUCAAACUUAACCGGUGCACCCGCCUGGAUAUUACGGCCCUAGACAUAAAGCCAGAUCUUGACCGUCUGCGCCAACUGCAUGCGGCCAAAGAGAAGAAUGCACGUUCUAUUUUGCGGCUGCAAGCUGAAACUACCCGACAACACCUCACUGAGUUCUUGAAGCGAGCUGAACUGGCCGCGCACAAACUCCUAGCUUGGCAAGCCGCUGUGGCGACCGAAGCUACCGCCUUGGAGAAAGAUCUUUUGGCCCGCAGCAGUAUUUAUGAAAUCCGAGCAGCCGACCAUCUUCUGACCAAACAGCAAUCUUUCUUAGCAGCUCUGCCCCAAGUGGACAAGAUCCUUUCUCUAACCGAACAUCUAGUUCUUAAUCAAUCUCAUAUUUAUCCUAAACAGGACCAAGAAGAACUCGCAUACUCUGAAACACUUAUCAGACACUCAUCCGAGCUAGAAAGAACAACUGAGCAUCUAUUGGGUCUUUUGAAAUAA